UACUAUAAGUAAACUUCCCACGAGGCUCAAGUCGUACUUCGAUGUUCUUUUUGCAAGGAAGAAAUAUUAAUGACCUCGUGUUUGCCAGCAAAGGCUCAACGCCACCGUACGUACGCUCUUGACGUAUUUUUCAUUCCACCUGCUCCAUCAUGGAUAAUUCGUCUGUCCUGAGUGACGAGGAUUACGAUGUCAUCUCUAACCCUGGUCAACGUUCUUUGGAGUCCAGUAUUACCGACUUGCAUCAUAUUCCAGCCUUGACUACGUAUGAGCUUCCCCCGUCUGAUGCAGCCAAGGAACGACUCAGCACGGUGGCGCUGAGCCCUGCGGAUAUACAGGCAUAUGUCCGGAACGCAGUUGACGCGUCUGGUGUAGGGAAAUAUCCACGGGACAAUGGGACUGUAAGGGUGUAUGUUGACGGUGUAUUCGAUGUGUUAACUGCAGGGCAUGCACAUCAGCUUCGUCAAGCGAAGCUCUCAUUUCCUUCUGUACAUCUUAUUGUUGGAGUGCUUUCGGAUGAGCAAUGUCAAGCUCAUAAGACUACGCCUCAUUUCUCGCAUCUUGAGCGCUGCGAGCUCAUGCGGCACUGUCGCUGGGUAGACGAAGUGCUACCUGACGCACCAUGGACAGUGAACGAUCGCUUUAUUAUCGAUAAGCGCAUUGAUUACCUUGCUUUGGAGGAAGGCUCUUCUGUUAACCCGGAAUUCGAUAAGGAACGACUCAAGGGAUACGACGCAGUAAAGAGACUAGGACGAGUCUUCCCCACUCGAAGGACUAUCGGACUAACUGCUACUCCGCUUUUGGUUUCUUAUAACGAGUCAGAAGAAGUCCCACCAUUCCGAGAACUUUCUCAGUUAGUGUUAGAACAACCGAACCACAACUCAUUUACGCACUCAGCUAACCUCCUACCUCCAAAAACUUCUACCACCAUGUCCGCGGACGGCAAGACUCUUGACUUUGGGGCCCUUGGGCCGAUGGAGGCCCUAGAAGCCAUGUCGAACGAGCUGGCGGAUAGGUGUGCUCGAAAGCAGAAGCAGCCAUUCAGAGGGUAGAUACUGGGGAAACUGAUGCGCCUCCUGACAUUGAUAGGCUCCCUUUUGAUAGAGGGUAACUAUGACGGGGUUUUUUUGCCUAUGCUAUAUUGCUACUUAUGUUAUGUAGAUAUUCUUGCU